AUGGGUGUGUUGAAUUCCCAUAUCUAUCGACAAGCGAUAGGAUCGCUUAUGUUUGCUGCGAUUGUGACCAGACCAGACAUUUCAUAUGCAGUGGGAGAAGUCAGCCGAUUUAUGGAUAAUCCAAAGCCCUCACAUGUUUCGGCAGUCAAGCGUAUUCUACGAUACUUGAAUGGGACAGCUGAACGAGGAAUUCAAUACUCUGGUCCUUCCACGACAUUGAAAGGAUAUUCUGAUUCUGACUUUGCGCGUGAUGUUGAUACGCGAAAAUCUACCACAGGUUACGUAUUUUUGGUGGGUGGAGGUGUUAUUACCUGGAAGAGUCACCGCCAGAAAACAGUAGCACUUUCAACCACUGAGGCUGAAUUUAUGGCAGCAUGUGAAGGUGCAAAGGAAGCAGUUUGGUUACAUCAGUUACUUCGUGACGUAGGCUAUGCACAAGAAAGCCCACCGUCACUUUACAUCGACAAUCAGAGCGCAAUUCGACUUAUCAAAAAUUCGGAAUUGCAUCAACGAACCAAACACAUCGAUGUUCGACUACAUUUUAUUCGGCAGCUAUACGAGUCGAAGAAGAUUUCGAUUUACUACGUUUGCAGUGAAGACCAAUUGGGCGAUGUUUUUACUAAGCCGUUAACAACUCAGAAGUUUAUCAAAAACGUAGAGAUGUUGGGAAUGAAAGACUUGAAAUAA